CGUCUAACUGUCCUAAUGUCAACUACAUUAGUUGCUCCAACUCAAAAACUAACACAUAAAAUAUCAUUUGAUCAUAUUCAUUUGUGUUUGUUUCUCAAAUAUAUUAAUUCCAAUUCUGUUAUUAUAUUAUAAUUCAAAUAGAAAAAUGCAUUCAUCUUCCAUUUCUCUAUGUGUUCCUCCUCCAAAUAGUUCAUUACUUAACAAGUCACACAAAAAGUGUCUAGACAAACUGUCUUUUGCACCUUUGAAUUCUCAAUUAUGUGGACUAAGGAAUGAGGUUUUAAGGUUUUCGUUUACCCGGUUUAAACGAUGUGAGCAACACAGAGUGAGAAAAUUCGUUAGGAAUAAUGUUGUUUCAGGUUUGGUAGCUGAAAAUGGGAAUGCUCCAACGUUGUUUGAUUAUGAUUUAGUUAUAAUUGGUGCUGGUGUUGGUGGUCAUGGUGCUGCAUUGCAUGCUGUGGAGAAGGGUCUUAAAACAGCUAUCAUUGAAGGAGAUGUAAUCGGUGGAACUUGUGUAAACAGAGGCUGCGUUCCUUCUAAAGCACUUCUUGCAGUUAGCGGUAGGAUGCGUGAACUUAAGAAUGAACACCACUUGAAGGCUUUGGGUUUACAGGUUUCAGCUGCUGGCUAUGACAGGCAAGCAGUUGCUGAUCAUGCUAAUAAUCUUGCCUCAAAAAUUCGUAAUAACUUGACAAACUCACUAAAGGCACUUGGUGUGGACAUUUUGACAGGAGUAGGUACUAUAAUGGGAACUCAAAGGGUGAAGUACGGGAAAGUUGGUUUUCCUGACAUUGAAGUUACCACAAGGGAUAUAAUCAUCGCUACUGGUUCUGUCCCUUUUGUUCCUAGAGGCAUUGAAGUUGAUGGAAAAACUGUGAUUACUAGCGACCAUGCUCUCAAACUGGAGUUCGUCCCAGAAUGGAUAGCUAUAGUAGGAAGUGGUUAUAUUGGACUUGAAUUCAGUGAUGUGUAUACCGCACUUGGCAGUGAGGUUACCUUUAUUGAAGCUCUAGAUCAACUUAUGCCCGGAUUUGAUCCUGAGAUUAGUAAGUUAGCUCAAAGGGUUCUGGUAAAUCCAAGGAAAAUUGACUAUCAUACUGGAGUGUUUGCAACGAAGAUCACCCCAGCAAAGGAUGGGAGACCAGUUGUUAUUGAGCUAACUGAUGCCAAGACAAAAGAAGUAAAGGAUACUUUGGAGGUUGAUGCAGCUCUAAUUGCAACUGGUAGAGCUCCCUUCACAGAAGGUCUAGGCCUGGAGAAUAUUAACGUGUUGACACAACGAGGUUUCAUUCCUGUUGAUGAGCGCAUGCGAGUUAUUGAUGCUGAUGGAAAUUUGGUCCCUCAUCUUUAUUGCAUUGGUGAUGCAAAUGGUAAAAUGAUGCUUGCUCAUGCAGCCAGUGCUCAGGGAAUCUCUGUUGUCGAACAAGUGUCUGGAAGAGACCACGUGCUUAACCAUUUGAGCGUUCCGGCUGCUUGUUUUACUCAUCCUGAAAUCAGCAUGGUUGGGUUGACAGAGCCACAAGCGCGCGAGAGAGCUGAAAAGGAAGGUUUUGAGAUAAGCAUUGCGAAAACGAGCUUUAAGGCAAAUACAAAGGCACUGGCAGAAAAUGAAGGGGAAGGACUUGCAAAGUUGAUAUACAGACCAGACAAUGGUGAGAUUCUUGGAGUUCAUAUCAUUGGUAUGCAUGCUGCUGAUCUCAUUCAUGAAGCAUCCAACGCCAUAGCAUUGGGAACGUCCAUUCAGGAUAUAAAGUUUGCAGUGCAUGCACAUCCAACAUUGUCUGAAGUCCUUGAUGAACUAUUCAAAUCAGCUAAGCUAAAGGGAAGUCAUGACCAUCGCUUGCUUAGUGAACCAGUUGCUGUCUAAAUUCUGAAGCCUACAAUCUCUGAGGGAACUACUGCAUCACCAGUCUAGGUAGAGUUCAUCUUCAACAAACAGCUGAGACAUGACGCUGAUAGAUUUGGAUGACUUGCUGCAUAUCAAUCAAGUUACAAAUCAAGUUCCAUGAGAGAUUGAUCCACUGAUUCCAGGGUAUUUUACUGAGGCCUCGGAGUGAGAGUGUGAAGCGAAAUAGACUUAAGUGGUGCUCCAGGAAGCCGUUCAUCUUGUCUUAUUUCCUGUAUUAGCUAGCAGUGUGUUAUCCCAUUUUGUUGUGUGCUUUUAUGUGUCGGGGGGCUCUAUCCGAAACAGCCUCGCUACUUCAUUUGAGGUAGUGGUAUGAAUUGCGUACAUAUUAUCCUCCCCAGACUCCCACUUUGUGGGAAAUACACUGGGUAUGUUGUUGUUGUCAUCAUUGCUGUAUUAUGAAGAUGCAUUUUCCAUUGUAAUUACACAAUAGAGGAGGCUUACAAGGUUCUGCCUCUAUUUAUUAAAUUUUCUUACCUCA